GCACAAUUGUAUUAUUUUCCAUUUCUCUUACAAACGCGUAGGAAUUUCAUUUAUUUUCAUAUAAAUAAUUGGAAAACAUGAAUAUAGCACCACUGUUUCGUACAGGCACACUGAUUGUGAAUCGUCAAUUGGUGCGCCAAUAUGCCUUUAAGUCAGAUUUAAAAAUAAAAUGGGUGAGACCUGAAAAAAUUCAAUCGAUUGAACCUGCAAAAAGUGGUGAUUGCAGCAAACUGCCACCCGUUAGCGGUCAAAUGCUAAUGAAAGGCUUUGACAAAUCAAAGGAAUUGGAAACAGCCGAUGCCACGGUGCGAUCUCUAUUUGAAUUGGGUAAUAAUCCCAAUUAUCAUACCUCCGACUACCAUCGUGAACAAAUGAUAAAAGAAGUCCAAAGGCAUCCUUUGGAUUACGGCUCCAUGGAAGCAAAAUUGGCCCGCAUGACCGCCUCGAUACGUCGUUACCAAGAGUACAUGGUGGAACAUCCUCGCGACAAAAAACGCAAAGUUAUUCUCAAGGAAAUGAUAGAGAAACGCAAAAAAUUCCUUAAGUACCUAAGACGUUGGGAUUACAGACGUUUCGAGUGGAUUUUGGAGAAAUUGGAUUUGGUCUACAAACCACCACCAGUUGAAUUCCACUGGAUUACCCGUAAAGAAUCUUUACAAAAGCUGACCGACUUACAUUGUGAACAAUUGAAACAGGAACGAUUGGACGAGUAUCGUAAAACAUUAGAAGAACAACAGAUUCCUUUUCUGGAGGAUGCCAUUAGAAAAAUGGAAUUUAUACGCCAAGAACAAAUAGAUUUGGAUAUUCCCGUGACAAUAACCACGGAAGAAAUUGAAGAUCACAAAAAACAAUUGGAAGAAUUGAAGCUCUUUAGAGAGGAGACCAAAGCUGCCGCGAAAAAAGAUGAAUUAUUAUAUUAAUGAAUUGUUAGUUAUAAAUGUUAUAUUGAAAUUGUAAAAAAUACAUUCAUAUAUAUAUCGAA